AGCUGUCCCCCACUGCCUCUCCAGGUGCCGACCAUCGUGAGAUCCAUGCACCAGUGCCUCACCUCCCACAUGGCUCCAGGCAUCAGGAUGCACAAUAACAUCUGCAGGCUCGCUGAGGCACACCCACGGGAUGUGGUGAUGACUCUCCUGCGCUGUGCCCCAGAGUGUGACAGAGCUGCAGCAAUGAUGUGGAGAAGCAUCGGCUCCUCGGGAACAGCAGUGGAGAAGGUGCUGCCAGUACUGCUCCGAGUGAUGAAGGAUUGGCCAGCGCACGAAAUGUCCACCUCCGAUGGCGACAACAGGGAUGUGUUUGCCCUGGCUGCAACCCUGGCACUGAGGCUGAUCCUCCAGGAGCCCAAGUGCCAGGAUGCAGUGACGAAUUCUGUCCCCCGCCUGCUCAUGGCUCUCUUAUUCCAAGUGUCCAUGAGCACAGAGCAGGUGCCAGAAGAGGUGAACACCUUCUGGAGGGGAUGCCUGGAGCAACACCACCUUCCCAGCCAGCCCAACAGGUUUCUGGUACAGACCAUCAAGGCCCUGCUCUGCCAUCUGCGGUGGGAGGAUAUUUUGAUGGCAAGGAAGCGCAGGCGUGCCUGGGACCAACUCGUGAAUUCCGACCCCCACCACUAUGCAGUGGGUCGGCAUGUCAGGGAGAUGCGCCGCCAAUUGACCCCCUCCCAUUCUCCACUGGCAAUCCACCUGCUGGGGCUGCUCAGCACUGCGGACCCCCGUUGGGAGCUGCCUGCCCUGGAGUUCCUUGUGGAGGUCCUGGACUAUCUGGACGGGAGUAAAUGUCACAGAAGUCUCGAGCAGAUCCUGUCAAGGCACCAGCAGAGCCAGUGCCCAGAGAGACGUCGCCUGGCUCUCAGAGGCCGCAUGGUGCUCUGGAUGGAUCUGUCAAUGGCCAAAAUCAUCUGCAGCCUGUCUCAACACCUCCUGGAGCUGCUGCCUGAUGCAGAUGGAGGUGUGGUCAUGAUGACCCUCUCUGUGUUUGUGAAUGUGCUCCGGAAAGAAGACAUUCGGGCAUUCAUCUCCACUGCCCCAAGACUGGCUGAGGCGCUCCAGCCACUUUUUGACAACCUGUCCUUCUUUCGCUUCUUCCAAACGGUGAUGGAGGUACUGGUGGAAGGGGGAACAAAGCCCUUGGAGAUGCAGAUGCACCAGAUCCUCGUGCUGUGGUUCUUCCUGGAGUAUGAUGAGCACCAGUGCGUUGCAGAG